AUGCACGGUCGAAGUCCAAGUCCAUCACCACGCGCAACUGAGCAGCCGCAGCCGACAACGUCGCUGACAAGCGACACAUCUUUACUUUGGAGCCGUGCUUACGAAGCUCUGCGGGAAGAAGAUGCAGAGUUAGUGGAGCAGUACGAGAUACUUCUUUCCCAAGAGGUAGAAGAGCCUAGCGCACUCGGGAUACAAGGAACUUGUCAACAGCACGAUGACGAACGUCGACAUGACAACCGAAUCGAUGCUGAUCCCGACAAGCGUUAUGCUCAACUCCAGACGAUCACCGACCGAGGCCUUCGACGCACUGAUGAUAAGCGAACGAAAUACACUCUAUUUGGGCACCAAUUUAUCCUGAGGGACCAGGUUCAACAGACUGCUCAAUUCGUGCAGACUAUGAAAGGUAUUAUCGGUGAGGCUUUUAAGGCGUCUUCCGAGGCGUCCCUCGUCUGGGCCGGCAUAUGUGUCUUACUACCAGUCUUCACCAAUCCAAGUGCGGCAGAGGAAGCCAACCGUGGCGGCUUAUCAUAUGUCGCCUCUCGUCUUCUAUACUACGUCCAACUUGAACGUCUUCUAUGGCCAGAAAACCUGCUCGAAACAGGACCACAGGCAGAGUUCCACGGCCAUAUCGUCGAUCUCUACCGACAUAUCCUUGAGUUCCAGAUCAAGACCGUCAUCCGAUUCUACCGGAAAUGGCUUGCUAACAUGAGUCGCGAUGUUAUCCAAUACGACGACUGGAAAAGGAUGAUGUCCAAUAUACAAGAACGAGAGCAAAUCAUACGAGAAGAAUCAAACACUCUGAAUAGCAUUGCUUCGCGGAAUACCCUAGAAGCCAUCAGAAAAGUCGCACAGCAAAACUACAAUGACAUGCAGUCGCUUCUAUCGAUUGCAAAGGAUCAUCUCGAUGUUUCAAGGGAACACCGCGACAUUUCGGCAGAGCAGCUUCAGCUCCAGAUCGAAAUGUUCAACAGUCGCCCUCUCGACCUUUGCGUUGUCAACGAGGCGCGCUUCGACAGUGCGGAUGUGCAAGACAGGCCGAGAUGUGAGAACGGUACCCGGGUCCGCGUUCAGGAAUCGAUAUACAACUGGGCAAACGAUGACUCUGGCGAACCGUUCUUCUGGCUUGUGGGCCCGGCGGGGACCGGCAAGUCCACCGUUGCACGGACGAUUACAGACUCUUGGGCUAAGCGGAAACAACUUGCUGCUGGUUACUUCUUCAAAAGAGGAGAAAAGGGCCGCAAUGACACCAGCCGGCUAUUCGCUACUAUUGCUGUGCAGUUGGCUGAUACGAUUCCCUGCUUUCAAGAGCAUCUUAGGCGCUCUAUCGACGGUCUAGACGGAGAUGCCAUCGGAGAGAGGGACCUUAGGACGCAGUUUGACAAGCUUAUCAUGGGUCCCCUCAUAGCUCUCGUAUCCGUCCAUAGCAGCCAACAGCCCAUGGUUAUCGUCAUCGAUGCUCUAGAUGAAUGUGAGCGCCCUGAGCAUUUAUCACAGGUCAUAACACUACUGGACAAGCUUCAGGACAUCCGCACAGUACGCUUGCGUGUUCUGUUCACGAGCAGGUUCGCACCCGAGGUCAACGCGGCAUUUGAGCCCUUCAUUAGCCACAAUAAUGCUCGAACGUUUGAGCUUCACCGCGAAUUCUGUGAAGAUGCUAAUUCCGACAUCCAGACCUUCCUGAUGGUCAAAUUCGCAGAAAUCAAAAAGAGGCGCAAGGUGCAGCAAGACCCGUGGCCUGCCGAUGAAGAUCUGGCUCGCAUGGUUCAACUAGCCACAGCCCCUGAACCCCUCUUCAUCUACGCCGCUACUCUUUACCGUUUCGUCUUUGACGAGAAACGCCUAAGCAACCCGAAGAAACAGCUAAAGCUAUGGCUUAAGCAAUGCGAAGAGGGGAAGUCCCAGCUACAUCAGAUCUACGAUCCUAUUCUCCGCCAGAUACUUAGCGACGAGGAAGCAGACUCUGACCAGCAGCUGAAGUUCCUUGGGGCUCUUGUUCUUCUUGCUACCCCGCUAUCUGCUGCCUCACUUACCGCUCUCCUGGGUAUGGACAUUGAUGACGUCAACUGGUGGCUCCUCGAGUUACAUGCAGUGCUGGAAAUACCCCCCGAACGUCAUCGCCCCAUCCGAUUGCUGCACAAAUCGUUUAGCGAUUUCCUUCUGCACUGCGAUGAUACAGGCAACGUACAAGGAGAUGAGAUUAACCAAGACGUGAUGGACACACAUAUCCCCGCCGAUCUCCGGUAUGCUUGCCUUUACUGGGUGUAUCAUUUACAACAAAGUGAAUGGUCUCUGGGAGAUGACAUCUGCGAGUUCCUCUACGAGCACUUCCUUUACUGGUUAGAAAUAUUGGCACUCCUGGGCAAAAUGUCGAAUGGAGCCGCCGCAAUUCAGCAAAUUACUAAGAUGUGUCAGCAGCGCUCUGAGACACUUGCUGAACUGGGUGAGUUCGCAAAAGAUGCCAGCAAGGUCAUAGGAAGUUUUGGAUCCAUGAUUGAGCGGAUGCCACUUCAGAUCUAUGGGGGUUUAAUUUUGUUCCUACCAGUUGCAAGAGUGAAAUUGGAUUGGGAUGCGCAUCGGCAGACGCUCAAGGGCCACACAUCUUCGGUCGUCGAGGUAGCCUUCUCGGCCGACGGUCAGUUGGUGGCGUCGGCGUCAAGCGAUAGAACAGUGCGGCUCUGGGAUGUAGCCACAGGCGCAGUGUGGCAGAAGCUCGAGGGCCAUAGUAGAGGAGUUUCCGCGGUGGCCUUUUCUCUAGAUGGUCGACUCGUUGCGUCAGCGUCGCACGACGAAAUGGUGCGGCUGUGGGACGUGACUACGGGUGGGAUAAAGCAUACGCUCAAAGGCCACACGUCUGCAGUCUUUACAGUAGCCUUUACGCCAGACAGUCAGUUAGUGGCCUCAGGGUUGUUCGAUCAGACAGCGCGGCUCUGGGAUGCUGCUACAGGCGCAGCCCGCCAGACGUUUGAGGGCCACGAAGGUUGGGUUACCAUAGUGACCUUCUCGCCGGAUGGCCGAGUCGUUGCGUCAGCGUCGACCGACGAAACGGUGCGGCUGUGGGAUGUGAACACGGGCGCGCUCCGGCAGACGCUCAAAGGCCACACAUCUGCAGUCAACGCCGUAACCUUCUCGCCAAACAGUCAGUUAGUGGCGUCAGCAUCAAGCGACACGAUAGUGCAGCUAUGGAACACAGCUACAGGGGCAGUUCAGCACAAGUUUGAGGGCCAUGGAGAUGCAGUCCGCGCAGUAGCCUUCUCGCCAGAUGGCCAAGUGGUGGCGUCAGGUUCGCAUGAUGAAACAGUAAGACUUUGGGACGCUGCAACAGGUGCAACUCCUCGGACGCUCAAGGAGGAUCAUGUGGUCCGCGAAGUCAUAUUCUCGAUGGACGGCCACAUGGUGGCGUCAAUAUCAGGCGAUAGGACACUGCGGCUCUGGGACGCAGCUACAGGCACAGCGUUGCGGACGCUUCAUGGCCAAACUGCGAUCCACGCAGUGGCCUUCUCGCCAGACAGCCAGAUACUGGCCUCAGCAUUAGAAGAUGGGGCAGUGCAGCUCUGGGACGCAGCUACAAGUACAGGCCAGCAGAUGCAUGAGGCUGAGGGCCAUAAGGGCAAGGUUUACGCGAUGGCUUUCUCACCAGAUGGCCGGGUAGUGGCGUCAACGUCGCAUGAUAGAACGGUACGUCUCUGGGACGCAGCUACAGGCGCAGCCUUAAAGACAUUUGAUAGUCAUGGUGUGAUUUACGCGGCAGCCUUCUCACCAAAUAGCCGUAUGAUGGCGUUAGCAUUGGAGGACAAGAAAGUGCAACUCUGGGAUGUAGCCACGGGAGCAGCUCAGCACACACUCGAUGGCCAUGUGCGCCAAGUAUACAGCGUAGCCUUUUCGCCGGAUGGCCAGGUGAUAGCGUCAACGUCGGACACGACAGUGUGGCUCUGGGACGUAACUUCAGGCGCAGCCCUGAGGAGGCUUGAGGGCCAUGAGAAUACAGUUCUCGCAGCGACGUUCUCACUAGAUAGCCGGCUAGUAGCAUCAGCAUCAACUGAUAUGACGGUACGGCUAUGGGAUGUAGCCACAGGCGCGGCUCUGCACAGGCUUGAGGGCCAUAGAGAACUAAUCUAUGACGUGACGUUCUCUCCAGGUGGCCAGGUGGUCGCAUCAGCAUCGCUCGAUAAAACCGUACGCCUCUGGGAAACAGCUACGGGCUUAGCCCUGCGGACGCUCGUGGGUCAUGAGCAAGGGGUUGCUGACGUGACGUUCUCGCCGGAUGGCCAGAUCGUAGCAUCGGUGUCGGCUGAUAAGACGGUGCGGCUCUGGGACGCAGUUACGGGCGUAGCUCUACAGACACUCGGUUUGGGUUACACGCGAUAUCUUGCAUUCGACCCAUGUUCCACCGCUCGGAUAUUUACGGACUUCGGUGCUGUUGACAUAUUGACAGGCUCUUUGACUGCCGAGUCACAUUCAUGCGGAGAGAUGGUAUCGUCUCCAUCAAUCAGUGGAAUUGGCAUCGGUUCCGACGGCGCCUGGAUUAUGGAAGGGAAGAUGAAGACCAUUUGGAUCCCUGAUGAUCCAAGUUCGCAGGUGAUUACCACGUCGUCCGUCGCGAAUCGGCUACUGGUUGACUCGACCACGACGGUGCAGCCCUCGAACCCGAGAACGGUCGAACCCGAGAACGGGCCACCCAUCGACAGUGACUCGUGGCUUGACCGCAUGAACCAUAAGAUCGACAGUGUUCCAUGGAACGGCAAGAAAAUGACCAAAACCCUAUCUGGGGCUUGA